AUCUACGACGCGGCAUUUAUGUGUCUUCUAGAUGUCGCGAAGUUUUAAUUCUUGAAAUUAUAAGUGAUAUUUGAGCGGCUAUCGUCCACGAUCGAAGACAGCGGAGACAUUUAGAGGAGCUGUCGCGGUAUUCCUGAAGACCAGAAAAUUGUAUUCCGCUUCGUAAGUGAAGAGGACUGUUCUAUCGUGUACAUGCAUCUACCAACCCCAUAAAGGACGUAUCGAUGAUAGCUAGAAGUUCUGUGCGGGAACAGUCAGGGCCACGUGGUUUGAAAUGUCGUCGAGCUUGAAGUGAAUCUAUACUUCGUGAAAAAUCACGCGGAUUAAUCCGUACGGAGAUCACCGUUGAAGGACGCUGAAAGGGGAAGAAGGGAAACACGUGAUCUGAUUGGAUACUCGCGAUGGGCCGGAAGCAUAAGCGUCGCCUGAUACCGGAACAGGAUCGCAGGAUAUGCGGCAGUAUCUGUUUCUGUCAGUUCACAAUUGUCAUCAGUUGCGUCGCGCUGGUUUAUCUGAGUGUGGCAAUCUACAUGCCGUCCCACAGAGCCUUUCACGCGGGGAUCGAUCCAGAUCCAGUCAUGUGCCAAACCAUUAAUACCACCUUAGCUAAUAAUUGUGGCUGGGCGAGUUGCGGGGAGUGGUGCCUAACAAAAACCACCGGAUUUUGCCCUCAGAUUCAUGCAACCGUAAGAAGGAAUGGCACGGACAUCAUUUUCGAGAACUGUACGAAAUUCAACAGUAUAGCCUGCCCACAGGCGAACAUGGCUUCCCUGAAAAAGUACAACUGCAACAACGGCAGCGAGUGCAGCGUACUCUCCGGAGUUUUCAACUGCAAUCUCGGCCACUGCUCGAACACAAGCGAGCUGAUGUUGUGCCACUACAAGGCCGACGGCAUAGUCGUCGACAGCGAAAAGGACAACAUGAAGCUCAACGGCAAUUUCAGCUGCCAGAGUUCCAGAUGCACGAAAAUCAAAUACCCGUUCAGCUGCGAUCGUUAUUGCCCGAAGAUCAGCACGUCCGACGUGAACGUGUACCUCAUGCAAGACGACAAUAUCAUUACCGCGAAAUGCGAACGCGCCGUUGCCCUGAACACAGCUAACGGGAAUUUGCCUGGAACCAGGCUGACCGAGCCUGUGAAAGUCUGGGACAACAAGAACGGGAGCAUCGUAGCCAGCUGCAUAGCUGUUAGCAAAGAGAGAAACACCGUGAGGACAGAGGAUUGCGUAAACGGCACCUUGUUAAAGGAAAUCCCGGUGCCACAGCCAUACAUCAACUUUACGACCUUUCUGACCAUAUACGAAAAGAGCUUGCAGAAUCCUGUAGAUCCCACUAACGCCUACAUACCAGCGCAACGAACGCUCACGAUCUACAAUAGUUCUCGUCUCUACAUCAACGUUGAAGGUUGCGUUAACACGCUGAAGGGGGAAUGUAAAGAUUUUCUUGCCACUCAUGGUCGAGAUGGCGACAAUCAGACGGCGCAGAGUAGAUAUCCCUGCUACUACAACAAGAACAACUCGUUCUUCGUGGUGGCACGUUUCGAUCUCAACAAGACGCGAACGGAAUUGCUGAUCGCCAUAAUCGUGCCGUCGGGUCUGUUCGUCAUCAGCCUGACGACGUUGGUUAUAAUAACGCGAUCGGUGCAGGUGGGCGAUGACGCUAAGAUGCGGUGCCGCUAUUGCGUCGACAAGCAGGAGGUCGAGGGUGAGGACAAAGGAUUGGUCGAGGCGACGCCCUCGUCGUCUCAGGGUCAGAUGAGCGAGAACGAGAUCAAAAGUAUGGCGCUUUAGCAGUUUAAGCCGCCUGGGACGAGCACCGCGCUCCGCUACGAGAGGGUGCCAUUGAUCGACACCGACGAGGCUGAGGACUCGUUUUAACGGGGACAUCGGGCGCCGUUCGGUCUCGAUUAAAAUUACAGUGGAUUUGAUCGAUGCUCGAGCGAACGUUCCCGCGAAUUUUACGCGUUGUUUUCAUCGCGCCAAGGGAGGGCAGU